CCAAGAAAUAAAAUGACAAAUUACGCAUUAAAAAUAUCAAUAAAUGCAACAUAUUUAUGCUUUUUUAAUACGAGGAAAUAGAUGCAUUUGUUGAUGAAUGAAUAUUUUAAAAAAUUAUAUUUCAGUUUGCACGUUUACCCGAUUGUAAAUCUGAAUCAAUAACUGAGAAAAUGAAUUAAAUAUCUGUCCAGGCUGGACUAACAUGUUGUUUUAGACCAUCAUAAAUGAAAAUUGCGUAAAUUAUAACUGUGAAAUGUAGGCUGUGAUAGUCGAGAACAGCGCGUAAAGUGACCUUUUACGUAAUUAUUUCAGAUAGAGCUAAAGGCCAUGUUCAACACUGUAUUUGAGGGUUAAAACACGAUGUUAAAACGACUCAACUUCACUGUGAAAAGAGUGAAAAUCCCACUCAAAAGUUGUUUUAUAUAUGGUCACUUCUAUAGACUUUCUGGCUGUUUGAACAAGUGUUUCUCCUCCUCCUCCACUGGCCCAGACUGUUUCCCUGAAGAAAAAACCGAGAUAUUAAGGCUGAAUAGGACACAAUGAGCCAUUAAUUGGGUGCACACAUGUUUUCUCAGCGUGUCUCUGUGACUAAGCUGCUCGGUCUCGUUGUGUGAUCUAUGGAGCAGGUACUUGAAGGAGACCUAUUGGCAGGUUGCUCUGCUCCAAUCAGCUCUCUCCGUGCGCGUAUUGGAGGUUGGAGGCGCUUUUACUUGGUGCGCACUUGUGCACAGAAACCUCAGACUUCAUGGAUCAUCAGGGCAAUUUGCAGCACUGUUGAGUUUUGCAGCAUCUCCACUGGACAACACCUCUCCAUCUUUGGUCAUGGUGCAUCUCUGAGAGGGAGAUCUGAAGGAACAAAGACUGAUCACUUCUCUUUUUUGGUUUCUAUUUCCAUCCAAAGAUGAUGUUUUCUUCUGCAGGGAAGCGUUGCUUCACCAUAGAGUCUCUGGUGGCCAAGGAGAACCCUCUGAUCUCGGAGGAUCCCAUCCGUCCAACUGCUUUGAGUUACUCCAACCCGACUACAGAUGUGUUAAUGAACAGCUACCAGGCUCCUCCAGGCAGGUCCCUGUACCAGAGUCCGGACCUGGUGUUCCCAGAGAACCACCCCUCUCUCACCGUGGCUCCUCACCAGCUCGGAGGAUCUCACCACCUGCAGCAUCCGCACUUCUUCGGCACGCAACAUCGAGACCCGCUCAACUUCUACCCCUGGGUCCUACGGAACCGCUUCUUCGGACACAGAUUUCAAGGUAACGACGUGUCCCAGGACAGCCUGCUCCUCCACGGCCCCUUCGCCAGGAAACCUAAACGCAUCCGGACGGCCUUCUCUCCGUCUCAGCUGCUCCGUCUGGAGAGAGCCUUCGAGAAGAACCACUAUGUGGUCGGAGCCGAGAGGAAGCAGCUAGCUAACAGCCUGAGUCUGUCUGAAACACAGGUGAAGGUGUGGUUCCAGAACAGGCGGACCAAGUACAAGCGACAGAAGCUGGAGGAGGAAGGACCAGACAGCCAGCAGAAGAAGAAGGGAAACCACCACAUCAACAGAUGGCGCAUGGCCACCAAGCAGCCCAGCUCCGAGGACAUAGACGUGACCUCAGAGGACUAAAACUGCCGUCCAACCUCCGACAAUGCUGCCCUAAAAAAACCCUGAGGACCAACACUAUUUAUUAUGUAAUAUUAUUAAGUAGACACAUUAGAGGAAGAACUAAAUAUGUGCUCAUCUCUUCAUCAAGGUGCUACACUGGGAAAAAAAAAUAUUUAAUGACAUCCAUCCUGAAUGUCUCUGGAUGAGGAGAGAUCCGUCCAUCAUUUAAUGAUCUUUGGUGUGACGACCAAAGAUGAAGAGAAACAACGUCAACCUCCAUCAUAGUCUGUUUUUUUAAAUAUUGUACAUAGUCCACGUAUUUUUAUACGUGAUGGUUGUUUUUGAAAGAGGCUAUUUGUUUCAUUAAAGCUGUUUUUACCACC